ACCCCCGCUCCCUUCUCCGACACUCCCCUUCGCCUCACGCUUGCACACCCAGACAGGCGGGCUGAGAGCGGCGGCACAUGACGUUAAGAGGCGCUGCGUAAAGACAAACACCGUGGCGAUGGAAUGAGCUGAGACGGGAAUCCCCUCUCCAAGUCCUCAUCAUCAGACUGAAGAAGAAAAACAAAUCCGGAUCAGCUGUGCAUUUGAUUUGAAGAUUCGGAAAAAAUAAAAAAAACAUCCCUGCAGAGAUUUGUCUAGAGGAAACACUCCCAUCACCUAUCGCGCAUAUUUAUCCAUCAGGAGACGCUGAGAGGAGCCUGAAAAACAGUCAACAGGCUGAAGGAGGACGAAGGGAGGGUUUAGAGAAUAAACACCCAGAGACUUUUUUUAGGGAGGAUGGACGCCCUGCUUCCUGUGCUAAAAAGUCACCCAGGCCCGUCAGUGCUGGUGUGCUCUCUCCUUUUCAGGGUGGUCCACCAGUUGCUGCAAAGGCUGCCAGUGCCCAAAGUGGUGAAGCAGAAUGAGCUGCACUCCUGGAAGUGGAGGAACCUUUCUGUCUCAAUGGUGCACUCCCUGCUGACUGGAGCAUGGGCCCUGAUCUGCGUGGUGGUUUGGCCAGAGACGUUGAGAAACCUCCACUCCUACCACACCCCUCUGUCCUACCUGCUCGUCUGCGUCUCAACAGGGUACUUUGUGCAAGAUGCAGGUGAUAUUAUCCUGACAGGCCAUGCAAGAGCAUCAUGGGAAUUCUUACUCCAUCAUGCACUGGUAAUCUGGUGUUUCUUGUACACCCUCUACACUGAGAUCUAUGUAGCCGGUGCUGUGGUGGCUCUCUUUGUAGAGGUCAACAGUGUCACCCUGCACAUGAGGUUGAUGCUGAAGCUGGCGGGCGCUCAGUCCUCCUCCGUGUACUACAUCAACAAAUUCGCCAACCUCCUCACCUACGUCGCGUUUCGUCUGAGCACACAGUUCUACCUCACCUGGUACAUCGUCCACAAUUAUACCUGGUUGGAUCACGGUGGAUACUUUCUGGUCUCCAUGAUGGUGAUGAAUAUUAUGAUCCUGAUUUAUUUCUACCGCCUGCUCCGUGCUGACUUCUUCUCCCGGAGUAAGAGCUCUAUGGGACAGAACGGGACACAUAACAACAACUCCCAAAAGUUUCUCAGUGAUUGACCGAGGAAGGUUAACGGGACUAUAUUAUGUUUUUAUUCAGGGUGGGAGUUUACACAUUUUGUCUUUUUCCAGACCAUUCCACGUGGCGUCAGACGUUGUUGUGUCUCACUGCCAAAGAACAAAUCCCUCAAAACAAGUUUUGGUGGAACAAGUCGUAGCCUUGUUGAGGCGCUGCGUUACCAGAGAUGUUGUAAAGUCGGACAAUUUGGGUUUACAAGAGUCCAUGUUGACAUUUUGGGAAUACACUUGUGGUGGCUUUCUUGGUAAAAGUUAAAUGAGAAGAUUAAUACCACUCUCUUGUCUGUACAGUAAACACGAGUUUAACCACAACAGUUGUUUAACUUAUCUUAGUAUAAAGACUGGAAACGUGGGGAAACAGCUAGUCUAUCUCUCUGCAAUGAUACAAGAAUCCGCCUGUAAAACCACAACUUGUUUUUUUUUAGACAUAAGUUUUUAUGUAAAUUAAACAAUCAAUAUACGGUAUAAUGUUAAUGUUAUGCUAAGCUACCUGGUUUUGACUGUAGCCUUAUAUUCUUAUACUUAGAGAGUAAACACAAGAGUGGUAUCAAUACAAAGUGUAUUACUCAAAAUGUUAAACUACUAUUUAUAGAUUACAUUUCAGCAUCAUGAAACCAUAAGGAAUAGUUUGACGUUUUUGGGAAAUACGCUUAUUUACUCUUUUGAUUGACAUGCUCGUAUCUGCAAACUAAAUAGGAAUUACAGGUAGUUACCAGUUAGCUUAGCUUAGCACAAAGACUGCUUUGCUCUGUCCAAUUAAAAAGUUUUUAUGCAGAUUAAAUGAGAUAUUGUCUAAACCAAUCUUUCUGCCUUUACAAAAAAACAGACUAUCCGUUUCCUCUUGCUUCUAGUCUUUUUGCUGAGCUAAGAUAGCUGGAUCUAGCUUUAGUGCACACAUCCCAGAGUGGUGUCAAUCUUCUAAAUCAUAUAAAUAUGUAUCAAACUUUUAGUUUGUCAAAAAGCUGAAUUAAAAAAAAAUCUUAGCUGACGGCCUAGCUGUGUUGCCAUUUGCAGGGGGAGCAGUGUUUUUACGUAAUAGCGACCUGCUAGUCGGGAUUUUCUGACACUGAACUUUGGAUUUUAGCAUCAGCACUAACAUUUUAAUACAGUAUGUCCUCUCUCUCCGUCUCUAUGAUGCCGUUUGUGUUGCUGAAGAGAUGCUGAGCUAUGACUGAACUGGUACAUAAGACACAAUGCUGUCAGUUUAACUGGCAACACACAACAGUGCAGGACAAUUUAUGGUUCUCAUAAGAAAUCUGUAGGUAUUUAACACAAGCAGAAGCUGAAGCUGGAUCUUCCUACCAUCGAACAGCCUGAUACUUGAGCUCCUCAAGAUGUGGGCAUCAUGAGAAACCCUUCAUAAUAAGAGCAGGCAGCAGCACAAUCAGUACUGAUAUUGCAACACCAGUAGUUAGUCUUGAUGUGGAGUUACAGUAAAUUAUCCCCACCGUGUGUACUUUUGCCUGUUUGCAAAACAAUAAUACUUUAACACUUACUUUAACAUACUUUCCCUUUUAUUUAGAAGGACGAACGUCAGGUGAAGACGUGUCUCCGUAAAAAAAAAUGCACAUUUUGUAAAUAACGUCCUCAAAUGUACAUUCCGUUUUGAUAUAUUUCAAAUAGUAAUACAAGUAAAUACCAUUAGUGGACUUCAAAUGAUCCCUAAUCAUGCCAUAAAUCAUAAGUGCUGACAGUGUCAAAAAAAAAAGAAAAAUCUAAUGAUCAGUACAUUUCAUUUUCUAUUUCAGCCAACGGCAAGAAAGAGUUUAGAUGUAUCUGACUAUCUGUGCUUUGAUGCCUUUACCACAGUGCCUUUUCAGAAACAAGAAUAAAGCACAGAUGACGAUAAUGUACAGAUUAGAAAAUGUAGUGUGGAAUAAUAUCUGUAUGCUUUUGUAAAAAACUUGGCCAAGUAGAGAGAUUUUUGAGACAAACAUAAAUUGUAGUUGACCACAAUAAUGUAUUUUGUGCUUACGUGACAACUGUUUUUUUAGAUGGUUGAGUGAUACCAAGAAUUAAAAGAGUAUUUAAAAUCACAGGGGUGUUGAUUGUUGUAUAUUUUUAUAUCAUGUACUACUGAU